CUCUACACCCUCCAUGCCCAAUCUCUUCAAUGGUGGCGGUUGCCUGCCCAAUGCCCCAUAUUGCCGACCUAUGAUGUCCACAUGAGCGGCCAAGGUCUCACCCCCAUCACCCUCCAUUCAUAUAAUUGCAUGACCCAACACGUGGCACAAGCCCACCAAAAGGAGGAAGGGUCUGGUUACGUAAGAGGAGGGAGUUAAAAGAACAACAACAACCAACGCUUAAACAGCCAACAACUACCCACUUAAAAACCCCAAUCACAUUCACACCUUGUCAAUCUUACCUUUAUACACCAAGCUAGUUGCUCGAUCCUUAACACGUCUAUUACAAUAUAAAAUGCUCUAUAGCCACGUAAACUUUACUUGCUUGCCCAAUUUCUCUAUACAACUGAAACACUUUCCAAGCAUCCCAAAACAGUCUUAAAAAGUUCAAGUAUAAAGUAGAAACAGGACAGUAAAACAUCAUGGUAUGCUUCUGCUUUCUCGUUGAUCAGACAAGGGAAGUGAGAAAAAGCAAGCCGGCGGCGGGGAUUUGCUCAAGAUGCGGUGGUGGAGCAAGUGUUGCUGACAUGAAAACUUUUACUAGAUUUUGCUAUGUCCCCUUCUAUUGCAAAUCUUGGAGAGCUAUCAUUUGUACCUUUUGUGGUUCCAUUCUUCGAUCUUACCGAUGAUUUUAUUUUUUC